GCAGCUGCACAAAUAAAUCAGUCGAAUACACAAGCACUUGCCACUCUUUCCAGUCUCGUCACGCGAAGCACAGGUGAAGUGAGUGUGGCGUGGUAAAACCACAAGGUGUCAAGUUACCAAAAAUCAAUUUGUCUUCGUUGGACAAGGGUAUCAUAUUCCGUUACACUUGUUCAUUAGUGCAGCAAAGUGAGCAAACCAGCCACCAAGCUCAGAGCAAACUACUUUAGGAGAUUUUUCAUAAAUUCUCACUUCGCGUGAGAGUUAUUCGCACAUUGUCGAAAAGAAAGAAGCGAUAUUUGGAAACUGUGAAUAACUUUCGUAAUUCGUACAGAACCGCAACUGAAACUGAAGAAUGCCUUACUUCCAGGGAACAUUCGAAGAGCGAUGUACAACCAUAGGUGCCCCAAGUCAUCUCUCCUUUUUUACCACGACGUUUUCGAUCCUCUUUAUGAUCCUAAACAUUCCUGGUAACUUCCUAGUCAUCCUAGCUGUACUUCUAGACCCCUUUAAGAACCUCCGUACCCCAUUUAACUACCUCAUGGCCAAUCUCGCAUUCGCGGACCUCAUCGUGGGAACUGUAACCGACCCUAUAUCGAUUUACAUUCACUGGAAAGAGGGUAUCAGGUCUCCUUUGUUGUUGAGCGAGGUUCAAGCAAUACACAUGUCGUAUUUCAUAUCGUGUACAGCCUCAGUGCUUAGCCUGGCAACAUUAGCUGUGGAGCGGUACUUGGCCAUCAGGAACCCACAUACAUAUCGAAAUAGGUUCACAACUAAACGGGUGUUCCUAACCACCGGAGUCAUUUGGCUGAUUUCGCUAACCGUCCCUUUCGUUUACUUCGAAGUUGGCUACAUCACGUAUGCUUUCAUCUUCGCCAAUACAGCUAUCGUGCUCGCGAUUGCGAUAACGUGUUUCACGUACGGUCUGAUGCUGCGUAAGUUUCAACAAAGAGCCAGGGGCGAUGACGCAAUCACGAUAACGAAUGAUAAUGCCGCCGAGGGGGGUAAAUCGCCAGAGUCCGACACAACACAUAGCAAUGUACACAGUCAAACUGCCGCGAAAUGGGAACAAAAAGUUACGAAGAUGUUCAUGGUGGUACUGCUGGUGCUUCUCUGCUGUUAUGGUCCUUCGACUGUCUUCAUCUAUGCCAUGAGCUUUUGUGAAUCCUGCAGCUGUACGACCCUGCAUUGGUUUCGCGAUCUUCAAUUCCUGUUUGUCAUCAUGAAUAGCAGCGUGAAUUUCUAUUGUUACGCACUGAGGUCACCGAGAUUCCGAAAGGCCUUCGCGCACAUCUUAAGGAUCAAAAGAUCGUCAGAUCAGGAACCGGUGUCCAAUUCUGGGACACGAGUCACUCAUUCUUCGACGGAUAAUAAUUUGAAUACUCGCAUUUAGGGUGAAAACUGAAAAACGUUGCCUAUCUACUUGAAAAAGGAAAUAAUAGCUAAAUUAUUUUACACAUUUUACACUGGCAUUAGGAGUUUAAGCUUCGCUUUUCUGGGAAAAGGCAAACGGCAAGGCCGAAAUGUUUCGGCCGAAUUUUCGUUUCUGGCAAUUUUCUCACUUGCUUGUAAACAUUGAUUGCGCCUGAAGUUUUAAAAAUCGAGUACAUUUGCU